CUCCUGCCUGUGGCGCUCUUCUCACCCGCGGGUGUUCUGUCUGUGCCCGGAUGUGAUUACCGGUCACCUGUUCACUGCGGCAGAGAAGGGUCGGGCGGGGGCGCCGGGUGUGCGGGCGACUUACCUGGGGGAGGAGCCGGACAGUAACACGUGGCUCAGGUGACGGCGAUCCCGGGACACCGACCUGCUGAGCGGGCGAGAGAGGGCGAGACACCCGGCGAACUGCUGCGGAGGGUGACCCGAUCUGUGCGACCGCGGUGUCGCGAUGCAGAAGGGAAGCCUUUGGCGCGGCCGCUCCUGUCAGCUGACAUCGUCGCAGUGACUUCGCUCCGCAGACAUGAACGGUAAUAUCGGCGGCGCUCCCCCGGACAGAGAUACGCCUGUAGGCGGUAAUGUCACUGACCUGUUCCAUGAGGAUGCCCAGGUCUCCCAGUUGCAGUCGCAGCCGUGGUGGAAGAUCCAGCUCUUCGUCUGGGAGCCGGUUCUGUUCGGCACCUGGGACGGCGUCUUCACCUCGUGUAUGAUCAAUAUAUUUGGCGUGGUUUUAUUUCUCCGCACCGGAUGGCUCGUGGGUAACACGGGGGUCCUGCUGGGGGUCCUCCUGGUGUCCAUCGUCAUCCUCGUGGCUCUGGUCACCGUCUUAUCCGGUAUCGGAGUGUGUGAGAGAUGCAGCAUCGGCACCGGUGGCGUCUACUCCAUGAUUUCCACUGUCCUGGGGGGGAAAGUUGGGGGCACAGUUGGUCUUCUCUAUAUAUUCGGCCAGUGUGUUGCAGGCGCCAUGUAUAUCACCGGCUUCGCAGAGUCCAUUUCUGACCUCCUGCACCUGCAGAGCAUAUGGGCAGUGCGGGGCAUCUCGCUGGCCGUGCUGGUGGCGCUGCUGGGCAUCAAUCUGGCUGGAGUGAAGUGGAUCAUCAGGCUGCAGCUGCUGCUGCUCUUCUUGCUCGCUGUCUCUACCCUGGACUUUGUCAUCGGCUCCUUCACUCACCUGGAUCCGGAUCACGGAUUUGUCGGAUAUUCCGAGGAUUUGCUUUUCAAUAACACGUUUCCGGACUACACCCCCGGAGAAAACUUCUUCACUGUGUUUGGGGUGUUUUUCCCGACUGCAACAGGUGUCAUGGCGGGCUUCAACAUGAGCGGAGACCUGCGCCGUCCAUCCGUCAGUAUCCCUGUCGGCUCACUGGCUGCAAUCGCCAUCUCGUGGUUCCUUUACAUCGUCUUCGUCUUCUUACUCGGCGCCAUUUGUACCAGAGAAUUUCUGCGUUAUGAUUUCAUGAUCGCUGAGAAGGUGUCUCUGGUGGGCUUCCUCUUUCUACUGGGUCUAUACAUUUCCUCGUUGGCCUCCUGCAUGGGGGGUCUCUAUGGUGCUCCCAGAAUCCUUCAAUGCAUUGCACAAGAAAAGGUCAUCCCUGUCCUCUCAUUCCUGGGCCGGGGGAGAGGUCCUAACAAGACCCCGGUGGCUGCUAUCUUCCUGACCGGACUCCUCACGAUGGCCUUCGUCUUCAUAGGUCAGGUGAACACCUUGGCCCCGAUAGUCACCAUUAACUUCAUGCUGACGUACAGCGCCGUGGACUAUUCUUACUUCUCGGUGACAAUGGGUUACAAUCUGCAGCGCUCACGCAGGAAGCUCGGGAGGGUCACAUCCAGGACCCCCGGACACUUACAGCCCCUCAUCCUGGAUAAGUCCACCAGUUAUGGUUCGAAUGGGACUCUGCUGGAAUUCACCAAAGACAUGGACCAGAUCUUCAAGCCUGGUCACACUGACCCAGCAGACGGUACCAAGGUCCAGGAGAAGGAGCAAAAGACGUUUAUGAAGCUGAAGAAAUCCCGAAAACCGGCUAAGGAGACCCUGCAGGACAGCUUCCAACUGGGCCUUCAGCAGGACCGGGAACUGGAGAGCAGGAUGAGCACUGACACGGAGGUGACCCCCACCGAGCAGGAGAGCGCACUCCACCAGGACCAGACCCAGGAACCAGCAGAACAAAGUGAUGAGGACGUGGACCGGACAGGAGACCAGGAGCAGCUCGUCAAUGACAUCCAUGAGCCAGGAGCCGACAUGAAGGAAGAGUCAAACACAAAACAGAAAGUUCCUGAGUUUGAGAUCCAGAGUUUGUCUAGCUCCUUCUACAGCAAGUUGUGCAAUCACUGGGUGUCAUUUAUCGGGGCCAUCGUCUCCAUCGUCAUCAUGUUCGUCAUCCAGUGGAUUUACGCGUUGGUGAAUAUCGGUGUGGCGGUUCUACUCUAUGUUUAUAUCGGGCGGGUGAGCCCGGGCCUGAAUCCUGGGGCAGCUGCGAACUUUAGCUUCUUCACCUGGAUCCGACACCUGGCGGCGACCACCUUGAGGAAGAAGCCCACCCAGGAGCAGUUUGUGGUGACCCCGACCUUCUCACACGUCGGUAUGGAAACGACACAAUUAACGGAGGAGAACGCAGACUUUGCCUCCCGCGGGCGCUUCCACCAUUCCUCCGUUAUCAGCCAGGGGCAUUUCAUUAACCAGUUUAAUUAGGACAGUGCAAUGUGAUGGCGUCCCCAGGAGGAGGGCGACGCUGCUCAUACUGACUAAUGUCUACAAGUAUUGGGGCUCCUCUUCGUGGGUGUCAGGGGUCCCCAACACCUGAGGUGACACCAUCUUUACAGAAUAUCAGUGAUCUUCAAAUAAAUGGUUAAACCUGA